AUGAGCAAUUCAAUAGAUGAUGAUCCAUCGGACCCCGUUUCUACCACCGACGAGAACAACACCCUAGCAGCAUCAUUGCUGGGAACUACGGACGAUGCGAAACCAUACGCGGGACCCUCAGGGGUAACACACUUGCAAUUGUCACUUUCACGAGACUCGGUGGAUUCCUACGCUGAUGUGUUAAGACGGCUUACCGACGACAACGCGCCUGUUCCGGAGGAUUUCGAUACUGAGAAACACAAAUCCACACAGAAUGGAGUCGUAUUCUGGAGUCCCCAGGAGAAGGAAGUCCUAUAUCGCGUCCUGGACAAGAAAGGAAAGGAAGGGAUUCGCGACGCUGUCCGCGCCCUCGGCUCAAAGUCCGAAAUCGAAGUGCAGGAGCAUCUCAGGCUCUUGCAUCGGGGUCUGCAGCGCCAGCACCUGAAGGAGGGUCAUAGUCGAACCAUCAUUCUGGCCGACGUCCCCGCUGCCGCUGAAAUCAGCGAAGAGUGUAACACGACUCUCGAGAAUUACGCCGAACUACUUCGCUUGGAGGAGCAACAGCAUGAAGAUGUUGUAGGGAGGCAGAAGCACCACAAUUUCUGGGUCAUUGAUCAGGCGACAGCUACGGAAUUGGAUUAUCGGGCCAAGCUCAAACCUCAGGAUGCGGGUCAUGACCAUCGAUCUAGCGUGCAUCUCACGGCUAGCUUGUUUCGGAUGAAGAAUUGGGUUCAUCUUUCGGAGCGCUUCUUCAUGAAUUUUGGAGGCACCAGAUUGGAGGAUAAUUGGCAGACGUCAUCCUUCAGGGACGAGAGCCCGUCGUUGACGGCCGACGCUUUCGCCGACUUCUACGCGCUGGCCGUGAGUGCCACCCGCCGCCUGGUCCAGUCGUCGCUCUUCUUCGCGGAAUCGAGGUUGCGGAAGAUGAGAGACGCGGGCCACGAGAGGGCGCUCGAGGUCAAGAGCCGCGAUGUUAGGACUGCGCUGGACGUGCUUGGCAUGAAACGCAACGGCGCCGAAUUCUGGAUUGGUAUGGCGCGCAGACUAUCCCUCGAUGUUGUUGACAGUCGGCAUAUGAAGGACUGGAAACCAAUCCAGAUGGAUUACGAUGAGGUCGAAGACAUUCUUUCUGGGAAGUUGCCGUUACCUUCUCAAACGGAGUCGGUUGCGAGAAGUAUCUCCCGAGGCAGACAAAAGACUGAUGGUCAGGAAAUGACCGCAGAUGACGAAUUCGAGUCCUCUCUCUCCGACGAGGAUGAACCAAUAGAUUACGAGGAUCAGUAUGCCGGAUAUGUCGAUCAGGAAGCAAGUCAUGCCGAGGAGACUAAUCUUCGGAGAUUGAUUGGCCGGUCCGCUCAUACCACUGAGAGUGAGCGCGAUAACGAGGAGGAAGCCGCUCAAAAUGCGCCUCGGGUGAAGCUUGAACGACUAAAGAGGCCGAUUGGAGAACGCAAGGCAACAGAUGACUUGGUUGAUUGGAGGGACCGAUUGCUAUUUAGGAGUGAGUGGGAGGAGUAUGGCCAGGAAGUUUUGGACUUGCAAGAUGAAAUCUCUGAGAAUAGGAGAAAACGGCGCCCCGGACAUCAUAUAGACAUGAUGCCAGUCAACAUGCACUACCACAAUUCAACAACAGACACAGAUAAAAAAAACCAAGGCAACAUAACCUCCAAUGGGAUUGACAAGCACACCAAAACAUCAAAAACGAAGAAGACAAGGGCCGAACGCGAUUUGAACGCGUGA